UAUGACUUCGACGGGAUUAAAAAUGUCGACCAGCGGUACACUUAGCAAUUAUUAUGUGGACUCUCUACUUGGACAUGACGCAGAGGACGUGUAUGGAACUUGCUUUGUCCAAAGCUCGCACACCGCGACCCCAAGGCCACCAGGUGUAGGAGCUAAUGCAGAUUUUUCUUCCUGCAGCUUUGCACCCAAGUCCGCAGUGUUUCCCACGUCGUGGCCCUCCGUUCACCCGCCGUCCGCCGCCGUCUCAGGCAUCUUCCAUCCUUACGUGCCCCAGUCUCACCUUGCGGCAGCGGACAACAGAUAUGUUCGCUCCUGGAUUGAGCCAAUCUCCAGCUCAGUUUCCUACCCCGGUUUCCAUCAGAGUUCGCGGCACUGCGGGACAAAGCUCGAAAACCUACCGCCGAAACGGACUGAAUGCUCUGCCUUUGAGACAGAGGCACCAACGGUCUCUGACUAUGCUCGUGUAGCAGUAUCAGAAAGCGAAGACAAAGCAACCAAAGACCCGUCUGGCAGCGAUAUUUCGAGCAAGAGCGAGGCCAAAGAAGAGAAGCAACAGCAACUUGACCCAAGCAAUCCGGCUGCAAAUUGGAUUCAUGCUCGUUCAACAAGAAAGAAACGAUGUCCUUACACAAAAUAUCAAACCCUGGAACUGGAAAAGGAAUUUCUCUAUAACAUGUACCUCACAAGAGAUCGUCGUUACGAAGUUGCCAGAAUCCUAAAUUUAACAGAACGGCAAAUAAAAAUCUGGUUUCAAAAUCGAAGAAUGAAAAUGAAAAAGAUGAACAGAGAGAGGGGCAGUAAGGAUCUACACUAAAAUCCCGACUGACAGCACCAGAAAUGAACUAUAUAUAUUGUCUUUCCUAUUCUAUAAGUAGUAGGCCUAUUGCACAGCCUAUAUGUGUGCUAGAAUAAAACUAAAAUUGGUGCUUGUGCAUCAAAUACUAAUUUUUUCUCGUAUAAUUGUACAUAUAUUCCCGAAAACAUUAAUAAUUGAAACAAAGCUUCCAAACGAAAUUAAUGUUGAGCUUUCGGCGAAACAAACUAAACAUUGUGAUCCCCAAAUUAAAUAUAUAACGCGCCAUUUUAGGAGUAUCAUAUUUACGUUUCUCCAUGAUGCCCUCCUGUAAUUAUGGGAGUUCAUAUUUUCAGAAUUUGUGAAAUUUAAAAAGCUUAACAACAAUAUGGGCCUAUACAAUAUCAAAGGAAAACAGGCCUCUUCGCGAGGAAAGCAACGAUAAUACACUAUCGACGCUUUCCCCAUAUAUAUUUGGCGAUAAAUUAAUAAUCCAUACAGCAUUUCCGUUUGUGACAAAAUGUAUUACACCGAGUGCCGUGUAAAUAUUAGGCCCUAAUUCCAAGCACAUUUAUAUUUCAAGUGUAGCUAUGUGUGGAAGCAAUUGGUUCUUGGUAGCCUCAGUCUAUAUAUAUUAUUGUUUUACAAACGGCUGUGACGUGCAUGUAAGAAUGAACCACGUGAGGCUAAAAGCUGCUCAACUGUUUAUGCCUGUAUAAGAUGGCCUACAUUAAAAUUAAACUCUAAGUUGGAGUAAAAAUGAAACGCACAGCACGGCUACCAUCAUUUCGGAGGCGACUUUUUGUGUACUUUUCCUUGUGUUGAAAUCCCUUUUGUUGGUGUAGUUCAGAUAUUUAUCCUUUGGAACAUUUUUAAUCUUUCGUAAAAUAACGUGUUGAAAUACAAUUAGACCUUAAAACUGAUAUAUUACAUAUAUGUUGGAUGUUAAAUACAAUUUAGACUUCUUGACAACGUCACAACGGCUCGAAAGUGAACGUCUUUCCCUCACAACUUAAUUUUUAAAUGCUUAAAUGGUGGAGGAACCCCCAUAUUACAUUUCUGGCGUCGAUGUAAUAAUACAUAGCUGGAGGAUAUCCUAGGGAAGAAGAGUGUUUAUGAUUGGGAAAGGUGUUGCACCGUUCCCAAAGAUAAUGCCAAAGCUCUAGCCUACCUACCGGUCCAAUUGCUUUAGAGCAGGAAGACAUGCGGUCUAAUAAAGCCAUAAGGGUGGCUAGACGUCUGGUUUAAAUGAGUUUAUAGAGGAGGGCUGUAAUUAUACGGUUCUUUGAAACCGUGCUAUUUGGGUGCUUGGGUCUGUUGCUGACAAACAAAAAUGCAGACAGUUUUCUACAGGGUGUCUGGUCAAUAAAAUAUCUCCUUGGGCAGCAAAAUGGAAAUCAUUCGUCUCUAAAACACAGAAAGUCACGUUUCACGUUUCUCCACCAACUCCCUUCCUGCGACUUCUUCAAAAUGCUUCGAUGUGAUACUUUUUACUGUCAUAUUUAAAUGUUCACGAUGAAAGAUUGCACACCCUUUUAAUGAUCUCACUUACAGAACUGUGACUGAAUUAGAACUGGGCGUACAUCACUCGUCACAAAACUGUCAAUUUAUUCGAGAAUUAUAGCCAAUGUAUUCGAAAUUAGCAAUAUAGGACACACUGAUUCGUUCAGGUUAAUUUAGAGAUCUAUGAACAAUGGAAAAUGAAUACGCGCAUGUGCAUGAAUGCAGAAAAUAAACAUUGAUCUCAUUCUCAUUUGUCAUAAUUAUGAGAACUAUUGAGAGAGCAAAACUAAGAACAUAAUCAUUGUUUAAUAUA